CCUGUGGGAGUCUUGAGGGGAAAAAAUUUAAAAGUCUGUCUGGCCGGAAGGAAGACAGUUUUUAACUUCCCAGCAACUUUCAGUGCAUUUUUAGAGUUGGCAGAUGAAAAAGUUUUGAGAUUAUGAAGUGCUUCAUAUUGCAGUCGUACCCUAGCGACGUGUUCCUGAAAUUCACAGAUUUGGCUGCCUGGAAAACUCAUCAGGACUUGUUGGGACUUUAACUCCAACAGACUUCAUAUUCUUCAACGCAAGGGCCAUAUUCUGGUGCUUCUGGCAUAGACAGUGAAAUGAAGAGGUACACUCCGGAAUGGAAUAAAAGAGAUAGAUUUCAGGUCCAGAACCCUGUGGGCGGGGUAUUCAGACCGUUCGACCAUGCUGACUCGGAUGACAGCGACGAAGAAGAUGAUGAAAUACAAUUCCUUAGUUUCAAAGAGAUCAAAUCCACAUCGAGUGGAGGGAAAAGAUUUUUCCAGAGAACGAAACAAAGGCAGAACAAGGGCACUCUUGUUGACCAGAGGAAAGGAUGUCAAGUAGUUGUCAAAGCUGGAUUUCACCUCACUGAUCCAUGGUGGCGGAUCCAAAUUUUGAGAACUAAAAGAGGAGUUAAUGGCAUGACUUAUCCAUGUGACAUGUAUGCCUUAUCGUACCAGCUUCUGGAGAAGGAACAGAUGCCAGAGAAUGGAAUCUUGUACCAGUUUCUCAACAAGUUUGUAUUUCCUGCAAACAAGAUUGAUGACAAUCGGCAGCAUCAAAAUAAUGAUUUCACUCCUAAACGUGAAGUGGUGGACUUCGACAAGUUUGUUCGUGAAACAUUAAGAGAAAGUCACAAGAUGACAUUUGAAAACCUCGAUGAACUCUUGGAGAGAUAUGAAGUCUACCUUCCUGAUGAAAAGAAAGAUGACAUCAAGACCUUAAGAAAUGCAUUAAAGCUGAAAGAAGCCCAGCUGGUUUACAAAGCACCAGAAUUUCCUCUGAUAUUCAGACUACUGCCUCAGCUACUACCAAUGCAAUUUAUGGAUGUUGUCUUUCUGGAUAGACAGGAUUUGAGAGCCCUGGAGACAGACUUACAAGAGAGACCUUGGGUGUUUGGGUUUAAACAGAUCUUAGCUAGAGACCACCACAUUAUUGGAUGUGAAGCAAGGUGGAAUGAGUAUGAAAAAUCUGGCCUCGAUAAGCAUGUACAGCAACCCUACAAGGACAGCCUACUGAUAUACGAUUGUCUUAAGUUCCAGUCCAAUAACGGCCACACGGGUGUCACAAGUAACGAUAUUCAGCAAGAAAUGCGAACCUACGUGUCAGACUAUAAGGAGGCUCUCAGAUUUCUGAAGAGAAAUAAGGUCGUGAAGGAGGAGACGAUUAAGGGCAGGGUGUGGAUAUUUCUGUACAGUCUGUAUAAGGCGGAGGAAUACAUAGCUACUGGGGUGACUCGCCUCUUUCAGGAACAGAUGAAGAACCAGUGGAUCCUCAAUGUAGAUCUGGACAGUAAAAAAUUUGAUGAUAUUCGAAGUGAUCCAGAUCAACUGAAGGCUGCAAGAUUAUUGACUCAGCUUCCUGUUGUGGUGAUUUCUGGGAAGGGUGGAUGUGGCAAAACAACUGUGGUUACCAAGGUGAUGUCAUCAUGUCAACGAAAAAUAGGGUCACCUCAGAACCUGGAAGGGGGGGAAGGUGAGGAAAAAGAAGGAGAUUGUUGCCCAGGUGAGAGUUCAGGUGAAAAACCGGACGAGGAAGCUUUAGAUAUUCUUUAUACAGCUCCAACGGGCAAAGCCGCCAAUUUACUGGGCAAGCGGGCAGGUGCAGAGGGCUACACUCUCCAUCAGGUCACCUACAGUUUCAUGUUGUAUUGCCGUGACAAAAAGGACGACCCCUCCCUGGAAUGGAAGUUCAGAAAUAUCAACGUCCUGGUUGUAGAUGAAUGCUCUUUGGUAGCCAUAACAACAUUUCAUAAUUUAUUCAGAAUGUUGGUGAAUGAGGCCCGCCUUAGGAGAAUUGUGCUGCUAGGAGAUGUGAGACAGCUCCCCUCUAUUGAACCAGGAAACUUCCUGUCAGACAUGUUUGCUGGCUUGCAGAAUCUUGGGUGUGCAAUUGAAUUAAGGACAAAUCAUAGGUCGGAAUCUCAACUUAUUGUUGAUAAUGCUACCAAGAUCUCUCAACAGAAACGCCCAACUUUUGACCCCACCAGAAAUUUCAAGCAUUACCCCGUUGAUUGUGGCAAGGACACGAACUUUAUCAAUCAAGUGAUACUGAAAAUACUGAGGAAAGAGAAGUCGUUGAUGGAUGACAAAACUUCACAGUUUGUAGCCUUCCGAAAGAAAGAUGCAAUUAUUGUUAAUGAAGUCUGCUUAAAAUUCUAUAACAACCACCCCCAGAAAGAUGACAAAAAUAAACUGGUGUUUAGAGUGGACGACAAAAUCUGUAUGACCAAAAAUGGCCAAGUUCCUAUUUACAUGUACUCUGAGGAAGAGGGUGAAAUGAAACCAAAGGUUGCUGAAGAAAUGGAUGAUACUAAAGAUCUAGAAAGUUCAGGGGUGGAACUUGAAAAUGAGGUUCAAGCUGAUGACACAGUGAGAGAAACUCAGGAAAAGAAAGGGAAAAUGAAAUCUCCAAAAAAAAAUCGAUUGUGUAAUGGCGAGGUGUUUUUCAUCAAAGAGGACAAGACAAUUAUUGAUUCCAAAAGUGUGAAGUGCACCAUGACAAGAUAUUUGUAUCUUUCGAAUGAAGACCCAGAUGAUGCAAGGGAAUUUUGGUGCGAGUAUAAAGACCUGAAAAGAACUUGUAAAAUUAGACAUGCAUGGGCGAGGACAAUUCACACAUUCCAAGGUUCGGAGACUAAUGCUGUGGUGUACUAUCUUGGAGCCAGCGUGUCCUGGCAGAAUUGGCAGCAUGUUUAUACGGCAGUCACACGUGGUAAAAAGGAGGUGUAUAUCAUAGGGCCAGACAUUGUGUUAAACAAAGCCAUCACUGCAAGACCAAACAUCAGAUGGACCAGUCUCCAAUAUCAGCUCAACACAAUUCUACCUAAUCGAGAGAAAUUGAAUCGGUCAUUGGCAUCAACUGAAGACACGGAAGAUCUACCCUACACUGAGACAAACAGCUUCUGUAUGGACAAACCAGGAGAUGAACCAUUUACCAGAAUAAAAUUAUCGCCCUACAAACCGGACCAUCAGGGCUCCAAGGCAGGACCUUCACGGCAUCAGCCUACUUCUUCAUUGGGUCCAGCCUCCAGUUUACAUCACUCUGGACCUCUGAACUCCUCCUUAAAGUCUGCAUUUCCUUUGGCUCACAAACUUAACUUUCAGAGUCCCAGGCAUUUAGGUCAGCAGGCUACAUCUUCACCAUUUCUACGACAAACUGUAAGUAAUUUCAACAACGUCAGUCCUGUGCAAAGGAUGGAGUCGCCAACAGUGAAUGAAAUCUCCAAUAACAGCCAGUGGUCAGAAGUAGAUGAGAGUCUGCUGUUUCUCUCAGAGGAACAGGCUAGGAAUGAGUCUUUACUGGAAAACUGUGGACCUCUAAAUGGAGGUAAAAGUGAUGAAAGAAAAGAGAAUGGAGAGAAUACAAACUUAAAGAAUGAUGGAUGUGAAUCGGAUGCAACGCAGAGUCCAGAUGAUGACGUGGAGGAUGCUGAGAUGAAAGAGGAAGAGAAGGUCAGAACUGCAGUGGAAACGAAUGGAUUGUCACGAAGAAUUAGGCAGGACAGAUUACCAGAAUUUUCUCCAAGAACAAUUGGAACCCACAAAAUGAAAUCUGAAAAUCUCCCUCUUAACACAGAUAAAUUGGCAGAUUGUUUGAACAAUUGUCAUGAAGAUGAGGGUGAAUUGACCAGAUUGUGCAAUGUGGCAGAGAGAAGUUUUGAUCUCAAAAGAGCUUGUGAUAAUGGUAAUGCCUCGGAUGGAGAAUCUGAAAUUGAACGAUAUUCCCCUAAUCUGCUGUCUUCAGCUGCUUCGAGUUCAAACAAGAGAAUGUCCAAAAACAGAGUCACUACAGAUCACAAGAACCGUAAUUCUCACAGGUCUGUGACAGAAGACGAUGAGUUGUCUGACGAUUCUGAUGAUGAUCGAUCUUCCCCAAGUCUGUUGUCUCCACGGUCACCGAGUGCAUCUAAAAGAACGGUUGUAGAGCCCCCUAUUGGGGUGGUUACUCCGAAAAAACAGAAAAUGGACACAGAACAAAGUUUUGCUUCUCCUAUGCGUAGAAAACUUGAUAAUCUAAGUAUGUCACAGGAUUAAAUUAAUUUAAUUACAGCAGCAAUACCAUUCCAAAGUGUUCAUUAAAUCUGUUGUGGAGACAAUACGAAUCCAAAGUGUUCAUUAAAUCUGUUGCAGAGACAACAGCAAAUCACACACACACAGAUAUAUAUUUAUAUAUUUUAUAUGACAAAAACCAUUCCUACAACACACACGCCUUUCCGAUUGAAUUUAUUAGCAUUACCAAGAUGGCAUGUAGACAUAGACGAUAUUGGCAGCAAUUACCAAUUUACCAUAGACAAAAUAAAACCACCAAAUUUAUAUAAUUUUAUACUAGUGGAAAAAAGAAACUGCAUUAUAAAAUUUAGUAUAAUUUUUCUAUAUUCAUUGUUUAUAUUUAUAAAAUCUAAACAAAUCUAUAAAUUAAGCUGAUGUUUUUGAACAAUAUCGGAUAGUACCCGACUCAGAUGUACGGACUUUUUCAUGGUUAGUGAACACAUAUUGUUUAUUGAAGUGUUCGUAUGCACGAGUUUUACUGGCCAAUACUGUGGAGAUAAUACCAAUCCAAAGUGUUCAUUAAAUCUGUUGCAGAGACAACAGCAAAUUGCACACACACACACAAACACACACACACAUAUAUAUAUAUAUAUUAUAUA